AUCAAACUCAUUUGUAUUUGUCUAGUAUUGUCCAUAUUUAUUGGUGACUUUUAUCUGUAUUUUUGAGCGAUUUUAGAGAAAAAAGUCUUCAGUGAAUGCUUGACAAUCUGUUGAAUUAUGCCAAAUACUAUCAAAGACAUCACCGUGACCUGCCACUAUUGAGGAUGCCUGCCGUUGAUAUUAGUAUAGGCAGCUGCCUCCCAGCGCGCCUCCCCAAAUGGCUCGACAGCCAUCCACCAUUAAGCAUACUCGUUCAAUCUUCUUUUAUUGGAUUCUAUAUCAUCUCACUCGCUGAACUCGCGAAAAUCGCGACCCAAUGGACCAAGACAGCUCUUAUUUCAUCCGGAAAUGGUUGCAAGAUGUCGAGGAAGAACGCUCGACUCGCAUCGUCAAUGGACCAGACAACAUGCUUUUCUCCCCACGCAGACUAUUCGCGCGACUGAGUGAAGCUCCCGGGGCGCAGAUAUUCGGUCGUUCAUUCCGAACACCGCAACAGUCCCCCGAGUCUUCACAUCUCAAAGCCCCUUUGGAUGAAGUCGCCAACUCGAGGCAAGAAGCGCAUGGAUACGAGCGCAGGCCUCGACGUAAAACUAAAGACGAUCGCUACGAGUACAAGGGACAUGACCGUCGCGCGGAUCCAGAGCGCUCGAAGAAGAAGGAGAAGAAGACAGCCAAACAGAGUCGGAAACAUACUCUGAAUCGUGACUUUUAUGCACCAAACGUGUCUCAGACACGGCUGACUCUCACUUCUCGUCCGAACAUGGGGAUAUUUGGCAAAGGACGAACGUCUUCUCCUACCAAAUCUCGUGAGUUACCCGACCUUACUUUCUCGGAGAUGAACUUCCUGUCGAGAAGAUCACGAUUGAACCCGAGCGAACUGCCAGCAGAAGAACAACAAGACAAAACAAACGAAGCUACGCGGAGGGAACAUGACUCGCAAAUGCAGAUCCCUCAGUACUUCUUCAACGAUUAUUAUGACGAAGCUCCUGCCACGGCGUACGCAGACGCAGACCAACCCGAACCCCCUGCUAUGGCUUCGGAAGCUCACGGAGGCCGUGCCAUGGAACCUACAGCUCUCAGUCCAAAGCUAUCGCACAGCGCUACACUGUACACUUGGUCUGAGAGUGAUUGUAGGGAACAUGAGCGCCGGGCCUCGUCUGAAAAUUGCACAAAAGGCAUCCUAUGUGUCGACUUGAAUCACCAACACAUUAGCGAUGAAGAGAAAGCAAACAAAAGAUACUGGGAUCUCGAUGAGCUGAAGCUAAUCUUGAAGAUACGCCAGCAAACACGGAACGAAUCUAGAGCAAACAAAGAGCCGAAGACCUGCGAUCACUUGAAGCGGAGACGUCAGCCAGACGAGGCGGACGAUGCACCCAGAAGCCCUAAGAAGUCAAAACUUUCCAAUGCCAUCGCCUCUAUUCGAAAGAGUCUCUCCUCCCUGGCGUCGUCCAACACGGGGCGUGAUAGCCCACUGCACGGACAAUCACCAUGAGCUGGAACUUAUUCCCAAGCAAGCGUGCUUCUCGGAUUAUCGUCUAAUGAGUCAAACCUAUAACCCGGCCAUCGCCCCGCACCAGAACCCACAGUCAAACUGGGAUAUCGACGGCGCAGGCCCCAAUGAAAUAGACCUGGACGCUGAAUUUAACAGCAUAGUCCGCAUCUGCUCAAGAGAGACGGCAUACAACAAAGACGAGGACGU